GAUGCCAAAAUGUUUAAGAAACGAAAAGUGCUUGGGGCUCUGGCUAUAUUCAUUAUAAUAUUCUUGAUGACACUUUCUUAUUUUAUAAAUGUCUUAAGUAGUGAAAAUGAAGCUGGGAGAGCUCAUCAAAUAUCUGGGUAUGAAGCAAAGAUAUUAAUGAAACUUUACAAUCUACCCAAAUACUACCACAUCAAGCCAGAGUAUUAUGAUAACAUUACUGAAACGUUUGUAAAAAGUUUAAAGAGAAGUGAAAGAGAUAUGAAAUCAGUUUGGCAGGAUGUGAAUGCAGCUGUUUCAAAGCAGGGACUUUUCAAGAUAGCAAAUACAUAUCUAGGUGAUGCAUUGCACGCAUUGCAAGCUGGGAGAAUCAUCAAGGCUGAUUUAGACAAACGGGGAACACAACUCAAGUUGUUGUUGACAUUAGAGGGUGGAGCAACAGUUAUUUUCAAACCAAAAUGGUAUUUUAAAGAGAAGGUAAUACAAGGACCAGUGUAUGCUGGAAAGGAUCGACAUGUCUCUGAGAUAUUGGCUUUUUAUUUAUCAGCAGUGCUGAACAAACCUUUUGUACCAAUAUCUGUGCAGAGGCAAAUCAAUCUUAAUACUGAAAUUGUCCCAGUAGCUACAGAACAGUUGCUCCAAACAAAGUUUAUAAAGAAAAAUUUAACAUGCAUUUAUGGUAAAUGCUUCUAUUGUAAAAAGGAAGAUCCUAUUUGUGCUGAUCUAAGUGGGAAUUUAGUUGGAACUGUGAUAUUAAAUUUAGAUGUUAAUUUAAAGAACAACAGAUCCCCUUGGCAGAGGACCUAUAAAAACAAUAAAAAAGCUUUAUGGGAAAUCAAAGAUGAUUAUUGCAAGAGUUUAAAUGGUAAAAUCUCCAAAAAGAGAUUGUAUGAUUUAGUGGAUACUGCAAUAUUUGAUUUCCUUAUACAAAAUGGUGAUAGGCAUCAUUAUGAGACCCUGGAUGAUCGCGUAGUGUGGAUCGAUAAUGGCAAAGGACUGGGCAAUCCUAAUAUUCACCAUAUCGAUAUUUUGGCUCCCCUUUAUCAAUGCUGCAUGUUGAGAGCUGAUACAUGGACAAGAUUACAAGCAUUAGCAGGAGGGAUGCUUUCGGAAAAAAUAAGAAAAAUGCCGGAUCUAGAGGAAAUAAUUUGGACUCAACAUUUCGCAGCGAUGGAUCAAAGGUUGUUAAUAAUAUUUGCAACUGUUGAAUUUUGCAAGAACAAAAAUAAAGAAAACCACGGAAACCAAGGUUUCUAGCUCGACGGGUUGAAUAAAGAAAA